UCUAGCUGUUUUCUUCCAGAUAAUGCACGAAGUCCUACAGCCCAGGUCUUCUAAUCCUUGUCUGGACACUGGAUGUUCUCACUUGUGUCUUCUGAGCCCACGAUCCAAGGGAAGCUGUCAUUGCCCUGUCGGACUCCUGCUUGCAGAUGAUGGCAUCAACUGUGUCCCUGUCAAGGAGUCUGCCUUUCUGUUCCUUGUGUUGCCCACCGUUAUCAUUCAGAUUUAUCUGAAAAACAUAGAAACUUUAUUAGGACAAGCAACUUUACCAGAACACAGGGUACUUCCCUUUACCAAUCUGAACCAGCUGGCAUCAGUGGACUACCUUGUCCAGGAAAAGACACUCUACCUUUCAGAGUUGGGUAAUGGUGAUAUCAGACUACUGAGGCUCAAAGAAUCUGGAAAGCUGUCUUGGAGGAAAAUCUUAUCUGCGAAGGGGACAGUAAUCAAUCUUGCUGUGGACUGGUUGAGUGGAAACAUAUAUUGGAUUGACAGUGAAAACCCGCAUAUCAAUGUAGCUUCAUCCGAAGGCCAGUAUUCCACUGUUUUGUUCAGCAACAAUCUGUCCCAUCCAACCUGUGUUGCACUCCAUCCACCCACUGCAAUCAUGUGUUUUGUGGAUCUGGGUUCCCAGGAUGGUGGUGGGCGUGGUUCCAGCAUCGACUGUGCCUCCAUGGAUGGCAUCAGGAGGAAGGUGCUGUGGCAGAAAUCCCAGGUCCCAGUGGGCUUGACCUUUUCAGAUUCAGGGACCCGAGUAUACUGGGCUGAUACUGGGAGAGGACUCAUAGAAAGUAUUCAACAAGAUGGCUCUAGAUACAGAGUAGACCGCAAAGGAAUUCAGGGCCUUAACCUCUUUACAUAUGGCCAAAGCAUGAUGUUCUGGACAACAACUGAUGAUGCCCAAAUCACUAAAGUUUGGUACAGCAAGGCAGAACUUUCAGAAAACCGGUGGUUCCAAAUAGACCUGAAGAUUGUGGAUUUAAAAGUUUACAGUAAACUUUCUCAACAGGGUAGUAACAGCUGCUCAAAAGACAAUGGAGGAUGUAGCCACAUUUGUUUACCAAACCCUGAAGGACAGACUUGUAAAUGUUCCAGUGGCUACUACUUGGCUGACACAAACAGAUGUAUUGAAGCUGUCCGAUGCUCUGCGCCAUUGCAAGCCUGUAAGGAUGGUCAGAAAUGCAUUUCCACGGAGCAAGUGUGUGAUGGUCAUGCUGACUGUCUGGAUGCAUCUGAUGAAAUGGGCUGUGCCUAUCCAGAUAAAACCCAUUCAACACUAACACUUGGAAAGCUAGAGGCUGGAAAAAGGGUGACUCCUAAAGCUGCCCAACCUCUCCAGGCUGCCAAGCCCCCCAACACUAGAUAUGUGGGUCCAGAAGAGAUGGAUUAUCCUGUCAGAAAAACACUGAUCCCCUCGAUUCCUGAUAGAGAAAGCAAGACCUCAGAAACCAACAAAAGAGGGAAGCUUGUUCAGCCCAAGGACCCACAGGGGGCAAAACACCUGCCCUGUGGCAGCGAUUUCUGUAAUGGGAGGGGAAUCUGCACCGUGGAAGGAGAGCUGAGAAGAUGCAGCUGUCCCAUGGAAUUCGGUGGAGACUUCUGUGAAGAGGCAGCGCGUGGACCUGGCCCCGGCUACAUCGCCCUCAGCUUCACCAUCACCUUGCCAGUUGUUCUGGUAGCUCUGGGAGCAUUUGUGUAUUUCAGAAAAGAACGUGAACGAAAAAGAAAUAGUACAGCCUCAUCAAGAAAUUUGAACAGCUGUAAAGAACAUAACCAAGAAGAAGAGAAUCUAAUGAGCAGUGAGACUUUUGUCAAUGAAGCCUAUGAUGAACAGGUAUGCCUGGAAGUGUCUUUGAGGAAAACAGAUUCUUGAGAGAGAGCUACAGAAUGACCC